AUGUAUGCGUUGAAUCAUAAUCAACAAUUGAAACAACAUGAACGAUUCAUGGAUACUGAUGAUGAACCUUUAAUCAUGAUGACACCUAUAAAAGGUUAUGGUACAAUGCCACUUGUUUCACUUGAAGAAGCUGUAAAACCUCUUAUUCCAUUCGUUUCUGAAAUAGAACAAAUGGUUUAUGUGGUAAAAGAACGGUGCCAGAAACCACCAGCAGAUCAACUUUCUGUAGAUGAAUCAGCUGCUAUUAUGCUUUACACACUUGAAUGGAAACCAAAAGAAGAAAGUGUUUAUUAUAUAUUGAACAAGACUCUUCGUAAUGAAAAUCGUCAAUCACUAAAACCUUGGUUUUUAUACUUGAAAUUAUUCGUGGCAGCGCUUUCUCGACUUCCAUCAACUCAACGAACUAUUUAUCGUGGAAUUAAAAUUGAUAUGAGAUAUAACGAUAAAUACAGAAAAGGAGCAUCACUUAUCUGGUGGGGUUUUAGUUCAUGUACAUCAUCAAUGGAUGUUUUAGAAAAUGAAGCAUUUCUUGGUUCAUCUGGAUCCAGAAUCCUUUUUGCUAUUGAAUGUCAAAGUGGAAAAGAUAUUCGAGAACAUUCGUAUGUUAGAAACGAAAAUGAAAUACUUCUCCCAGCUGCACGAGAAUUGAAAGUGAAAGCUAUUCUUCAACAACCUGGUGGCCUCUCUCUUAUUCAACUUAAAGAAAUUCAACCAAAGUAUCCUCUAUUGGAAUCAUUUUCUACUAUUAACCAAGUUGUUCAAUCAUCUCCACUUAAUCCCAGCCCAGAUCAGUUUAAAACACAGAAACAACCAAAGUCAUCCAAUCCAAUGAUUAUACAGCCAGCUCAACUACAACAAGGUAAGAUUCAGACUUUAUCACAUGUCUUUCGCUUAACGCUUAAAAACCUAAACGAAAUAAGUCCUAUUGAAAUGCCUUAG